CCUUAAGAAUUGAAAUCCCAUUGGUCUAGUAAGCUAUUUAUGUUAUGAACUUUCAGUUGCACUCAUAUGCCUCUCAGUAAAUUAAAUCCUUGAUUACCCAGAAUCAUUGUGAAUAUUAAAGACAAAAAUGACUUUAUUAACAAAAAGGAUAAUUCCAAAUUAUACUAUGUGGUAGCUAUACCACUCAAGGGAGAAACUCUUAAAAUUCUCAUCCAGGUAGUUUUAAGAGUAAUCAACCUUUUAUCAGAAUUCUGCAUUAAAAAUUUGUUAUUAUAAUAAUGUUGUUUUACAUUUUAGAUGGGUUAUGAGCCUGGCAAAGGUUUGGGAAAGGAAGGACAAGGCAUUGUGUUUCCAGUAGAAGCUUUCAAACGUGAAGGUCGUGGAGCAUUGGGCAGUUAUGGUCCGGAGAGAACCAAGAAAGCCCAAGAGUUACGACCUAACUAUGACGAGGAAGAGGAGGAAGAUGAAAAGUUUAAAGAGCAACUACAACAGUGGAAGAAAACAGACCGAGAUGAGGUGCAUAACUGAUAGAAAAUAAUAGAGACGUUACGCAAAACAUGAUGACAACAGCAAUGAGAACGUUGGCAAACAAAAUGCUUAAUGAGCAGAACAAUGGGUCUUCAUGUGUGUUAUGCACAUUUGUACAUUUUGCAGCUGUUCAUUGCAAAUUGACAACUUAAAAUGACUAAUUUCCAAGGUUUUUGGAGAAUGUGAACCAC